UAUACCCACAUGUUAUUCAUUGCCGAAUGCUUCCCUCUCCUCGAAGAACUUGACUUCAGUAAACCUAAACAGUUUAAAUUUAACAAAACCGCCUUCUUCCCUGCAGAGGCUCUUUCGUUGGCACUGCCCAAACUCCGCAAAGUUAACUUGUCUCGUAAUUCCUAUAUCUCCAACGAAUUACUUUUCCACAUGUGCAAGAACUGUAAGCAUCUCAAAGAGGUUAACAUCAUUAAUUGUUGGCGCAUAACCCUGUCUGACAUUGCAGCUGAUCUCCACGAGAGGCCAACGUUGAGCUCUUUAUCUUUUUCAGCAAGCAAGUUCUACCCCCUCACUUCAUCUUUCAUUGACUCUUUGGUGAUUUUGAAGGGUUUGACUUCACUUGAUUUGUUCAAUUUGAGAAUAUCCGAUGAGUUGCUCUCCUCUAUUGCAAUGGAGGGUCUUCCUUUGACAAGGCUUGGUCUCCGAAAUUGUUCAGGCUGUAGUUAUACUGGAAUGUUUUCUUUGCUAUCCAAGUCUCCAUGUAUACAACAUUUGAUUCUUCGAAGUGCUCCUUUUCUGAAUAAUCAACAUGUUGCCGAGUUGUCUUUAUUUCUGGGUGAUUUGAUCUCUAUAAACCUUAGUCGUUGUAAACGACUCACAGAAUCAGCCUUGUUUGCACUUGUUAGGAACUGUCCUUCACUUAUUGAGAUCAAUAUGGGAGGGACAUCUAUUGGAAAAGAGAGCGUAAGGAAUUCUAAUUCAUCGAUGGAUCGUAUUGUAUACUCUCAAUUAAAGUCUCUCUAUUUGGCUAAUUGUAAGGAGUUAAGAGAUGAAACCAUCAUAAGGUUUUCUUCCAUUUUCUCCAAUUUGCAGCUGCUUGAUUUGAAUUCUUUCCAACCUGAUGAAGAUAUUGGUCAAGUUUUUAGGAGAUUUUGUAACAUUAGACAUUUGAAUUUAGCCAAAUGUUCAAGAGUGAAGCUACUUGUUGGAAUGAACUUUGAACUUCCUAACUUGGAGGUGUUGAAUUUGUCAUGUACAAGCGUUGACGAUAAAACACUCUAUACAAUCACAAAGGGUUGUCGUGGGCUUUUGCAAUUCAACCUUGAAAAUUGUGGUAAUGUCACACAGAAUGGAGUGAAACAUGUGCUUGAAAACUGCACACAACUAAGAGAGAUCAAUUUGCGGAAUUGUUCUAAUGUGGAUCGUGAUGUUUGCUCAGUGUUAUUGUCAAGUCUGUCUUUAAGAAAGAUAAUUGCUCCAUCUCGUAUUCGUUUCACUAAAGGAACUAUGAAACUCUUUUCGCAUCAUGGAUGCCGUGUUUGCAAGCAUUCUGCAAAAAUGAAUUAUAUAAUUAAUGAGGAUGUAGUUCGAAUUUCAAAUACAUUGCUUGUUGAUGAUGUUUCUGACAUGUUUGCAAUUCAAGUUAACGGAAAUGGAUUCAGUGACUUUCCACGAAACUUUGGUGCAAAUUGCUAUGGUUAUGGCUUUAAAGUCACUCAAACUUUAUCCGAAGUUGAUAACUUAAGUUCUGUCAAUACAAUCUCAAAAUCCAAAUUAGUAAUCGUUUUCCAAUCUUUAAUAUCGAAAGCAAAGAAAACAUUGAAGCUGUCAGAUAAUUCUUAA